CGGAAAUCAGUGCCGUUGCUGAUUGGUCACUUGAUAAUCGGCUUCACUUCCUUUUACCUUUCCUCGGCAUCGUUUUCCAUUCCGGGUCAAGGUACAAAUGGUGUCUUUUCUUCAAGCGUGCGAUUGUCACGUGAAAAAAGACAACCAUGUCAUCUAUAGAGGAGAAUUUUCCAAGAGGUGGUAUACAGAAGAAAGGACAGGAAGAAAAAGCAGUCAGACAACCAACAGUUGAAAAAGAUAAUUUAUUCAAGACUCAACAUGAAGAAGUAACUCGGAAAAGAAAGAAAAAAUAUGAAGAUCAAAAGGAACCAAAAAAACUUAAGUCUGAGAAGAAAGCUAUUACGAAAACCAGUGCUAAAGAUUUUGAACUUUUGUCAGCAGAGUCUCUUACAGAGGGAACACUGCUGUUAGGAUGUGUGAAAAAGAGUAAUCAGUUUGAUCUGGUGAUCAGCUUGCCAAAUGGUCUUACUGGACUUGUGAAAAUAACUUGCAUAUGUGAUGCCUAUAAUGAAUUGCUAAAUAAGCAGGUGGCCACUGAUGAGCCUGUGGAGGAACUGAAUUCUCUCUCAGACUUGUUCCCUCCAGGAAUGUUGGUAAGAUGUGCUGUGGUAGGCACAGAGAAGAAUGCUGUGGGACAUCAGAAGAUACACUUAACCAUUAAUCCAAGCGAUGUCAACAAAGGCUUGAAUCCUACAGUUGUGAAAGCAGGCAUGCUACUCUCUGGAUGUGUAACUAGUAUAGAAGACCAUGGUUACAUUAUUGAUAUAGGUAUUCCUGGAACAAAAGCAUUUCUUCCUCGGCAGAAAGCCCAGGGCUAUCUGCAAUCACUCAACAAAGGAACUGAACUAAAGAUAGGGCAAUAUCUGAACUGCCUUAUUGAAGAAGUGAAGAAUGGUGGAAGAAUAAUCCGCAUAUCCAUCAAUCAGUCUGAGGUUGCUUCAGCCGUUGCCACAGAAAAACAAAACUGGUCACUCGCCAACUUGCUACCUGGGCUAGUGGUGAAAGCCCAGGUUCAGGAGGUGACUUCUUCUGGAAUUUCUUUAAGUUUUCUCUCUUCCUUUACUGGAAUUGUGGAUUUCAUGCACACAAAUUCUCUAAAAACAGGACUUUUCUCACCAAAUCAAAUGGUGAAAGCCUGCAUUCUUUCAAAUAAUCCUGCUUCCAAGGCAAUUCGCCUUUCUUUGCGCCCAGUUUUCCUUCAGCCUGGCAUCCAGCUUAGCCAACUUUCCAAUGAUCGGAUUGGUGUGGUAGUAGCAGACUCAAAAGUAGAGAUGUUUUUCAAAAACAUUGGUGCUGUUUUCAUUCUGGAUGAUGGCAGUCAUGCUUUUUCACAUAUAAAGUAUCUUCCAAAGACUUCCAAAUCUUUCAAAACUGAGGUGUUUAAGCCUGGAAGUAAACAUACAUGCCGAAUUAUUGACUACAGCUUGAUCGAUGACAUGAUCAUAGUGUCUCUCAAACAACAUAUUAUUAAUGCUCCAUUUCUGAGAUACCAUGAUUUACAUCCUGGGCAAGUGCUAGAAGGAAAAGUGUUGACUCUGAAACCGUUGGGCAUGCAGGUGAAGGUCACUGAGAGUAUCAAAGGCUUUGUCCCCAGUUUACAUCUUGCAGAUGUGAAAUUGAAACAGCCAGAGAAGAAGUAUAGCACGGGGACUACUGUUAAGUGUCGGGUACUUGCCUCCAAUCCUGAAACAAAGAAGCUUAUUCUGACUCUCAAGAGAACCCUUGUUAAUUCCAAGCUCCCUGUCCUUGCCAGUUUUGAAGAUGCCAAGCCAGGCCUGAUCACUCAUGGUUUUAUUGCGUGUGUUAAGGAAUUUGGCUGCAUUGUGAAAUUCUAUAAUGAUAUGAGGGGCUUAGUACCUACUGAUGAACUUGGUUUGCUCCCCUUAACUGUUCCCCAAGAAGCCUUCUAUGAAGGCCAGGUAGUCAAAGUGACUGUAUUAAAAUGUGAGCCUGAGCAGGAAAGAUUGUUGCUUUCAUUCAGAUUGGCAGAGGAUGCUAUUUCAAAGAACACUGGAAGAACAGAAACUUCAAAGAACCAUGAAAUGGCAUAUGAAACUGGACAGAUUGUAGAUGUAAAAAUUCUGAACAAGAAAGAAGAUGGCCUACAAGCUGCAAUCCUACCCAACAAUGUUUUGGCCUACCUUCCCACGGCACAACUUUCUGAUCACGUGUCCAAUAGCAAGUUGUGGUGGCAUUGGCUCAAGGAAGGUGAUGUUCUCCAAAAGGUUAUAUGCCUCCAUAACAAAGGAGGUCACAUUAUCUUGAGUAGAAAGCCAGCAUUGAUUUCCUCUAUGGAGGAUGAACAUUUAGCGAAGAGUAUUGUUGAUAUCCAGCCUGGAUUACUGCUUACUGGCUUUGUGAGAAACAUCAUGUCUUAUGGUGUAUUUGUGGAGUUUCCUUAUGGUUUGACUGGGCUGGCCCCCAAAUCGGCAAUGAGUGACAAGUUUGUGACAGACACCAAAGACCAUUUUGUGGUAGGUCAAACUGUACUUGCCAGGGUGACCAGUGUUGAUGAGGAGAAGCAGCGCAUCUUGCUGUCCCUGAAGAUAUCAGAGUGCUCUGUUGAGGGGUCUGUUUCUGAGAGCUUUGCCCUACUGCAACAGUACUUUAAUGAACUGCAGGAGAUUAUGAGCUUCAUGAGCAAUAGAGAUGAUUCCAAUGUGGCUAAGAAACUCUCCAAAUUAAAAGUGGGGCAGAGGCUAGAACUGGUUGUUACUGAAGUUAAGGCUGAUGGUUCAGCCGUUUUCAGUGGUCCACAUGUUUCUGAUUUGACUGUAAUAGCCAAUCACAGCCAACUUGGAGGCAGAAGUAUUCUUGACGGUCAAAAAGUAAAAGCUGUAAUUAUCUGUGUUGAUCUUCUAACAUCAAAGAUCUAUGUAUCUCUUCAAGAGGAACUGCUGUCUCUCAAAUCCAAGAAGUUAAUCCUGAAUUCUCAAUAUGAGGCUGUUGUACAACACGUGGCCACAGAGUAUGCAGUUGUUUCCUUGUUAGGAACAGGUCGGCUGAUUGCAAUCCCAGUGGCUUCCCACUUGAAUGACACAUUCCGAUUUGAUUCUGAAAAACUGAAGAUGGGACAGUCAGUCAAAGUGGUUCUGAAAAGCACACAGAUUGGUGAUCAUGGGAUGUUAUUUGCUGUACAUGAUUCAGGGAAGAAGAAGAAUGUAAUCAGAUCAUGUCGUGAAUCAGAGACACUAGAGAAUACCUCACUUGUAACAAAACAGUUGCCAAGCUCAGGAGACAUAGUCAAUGGAAUUGUUAAGUCUGUCAAACCCACUCAUGUCUUAGUGGCAUUUAAUGAUAGGUUGACUGGCUCCAUUCAUGCAUCCCAGAUUCUGGAUAAUGUGAUUGUAGGCACGUUUCCAACAUCAUUACUAAAAGUUGGACAGAAGAUUACUGCUCGGGUGAUUGGAGGCAGAGGCAUUAAAAGUCACAAAUAUCUGCCUAUCACCCACACCCAUUUCACCCAUACAUUCCUAGAGCUCAGUAUCCGACCAAGUGCACUGAAAGAGGAAAGUAAAGCAGCCUUGACUGCUGAAAAUGACAGCCCAGAAGAAACACCGAAAUCUGGGCAGACAGUGACAUGCUAUGUUACGAAGUACAAUAUAUUAAAGAAACGGCUGGAGGUGGAGGUCACUUCUACCAUCAGAGGGAGAGUUCCACAGCUGCUGCUUUUUUCAAAUCCCAAGGAUAUAAAACAUGCUAGGAAAAGCUUCAAAAAAGGACAGGCUUUGACUGCAACAGUGGCAGAUUGUGAUAUUUCUGGAACCAAACUCUCUCUGUCGCUAACAGGCAUUCAUUCAUUGGAGAAAGGAACAAUUGCACUUUGCACUGUGAAACGAAUUAUUCCACAUGUUGGUUUGCAUGUUAUCCUUCCAUUUGGAAGGAUUGGUAAAAUCAGUCUUUUCCAUCUAAAUGAUUCAUACACAGAGCAGCCACUUGAAGACUUCAGUGUUGGAAAAAUUGUCAGAUGUUAUAUUCUUUCUGUUGAAGACCAUGCAGUAAAAGUAUCCUUUCGGCCAUCCAGGAUAAAUCCUAAAGGCCAUCAUAAAGUUGAAGAUCCUGAAAUUGUUUCCCUUGAUAAUAUUCAGAAUGGUCAACUCAUCAGAGGUUAUGUCAAAUCCAUUACAGCAUCAGGCAUCUCUUUGGGGUUAUCGGAUUCAGUGGUGGGUCAAAUUUCCCUUCAGUAUGUCACCCCACUCUGUAUGAAGUACAUACAUAUAGACCAGCUUCUUACUGCCAAAGUUCUCAGUAUAAACAGAGAAAAAAACCUUGUGGAGCUCUCUCUCCUUCCUGAAGACACAGGGAAGCCAAGCUUUAUUCCAUGUGAUGAAAAGCUGUGUAGUGAAAAGGAUACACUCUCCCAGAAAUCAAGAAAUCAAAGGAGGAAGCUUUCUGAAAGCGAGCAGGAGGUAAUGCCAGCAAAAAAGAGAGCUUAUUGCACUGAGGACGGUGAUAGUGGUGUUGAGGUUUAUUAUCGGGAGGAAGAGGAGAAGGAAAAGAAGCAUGAGAAGAAGUCUAAGCUAGGAAAAGAAGUUCCAAGACUGAAGGUUUCAACCAGCUUUAUGUGGGAGGAGGGCUUAAAUGUGCUGGAUGGAACCACAUUGAUUCCAACAGAGCACAGCUCAGACAGCGAAGAAGAAAAUGAUGCUGAAUCCAUGGCCAAAAAACAAACAAAAAAGAAACAGGAGCUGGAGAAGCAAAAGGCAGAGAAGGAACUCUCCAAGCUGGAAGCUGCCCUGAUGGAUCCCAAGCGACAGCCGCAGACAGCGGAUGACUUUGACCGCUUGGUCGUCAGCAAUCCCGACAGCUCCAUCCUUUGGUUGCAAUUCAUGGCUUUUCAUCUCCAAGCUACAGAGAUAGAAAAAGCUAGAGCUGUUGCAGAAAGGGCACUAAAAACAAUCUCCUUUAGAGAGGAACAAGAAAAGCUAAAUGUGUGGGUUGCUUUGCUAAACCUGGAGAACAUGUAUGGCACAGAGGAAGGACUGAUGAAAGUUUUUGAAAGAGCAGUCCAGUACAAUGAGCCUCUGAAGGUAUUUCAGCAGUUGGCAGACAUCUACAGCGCCUCUGAGAAACAUAAGGAAGCUGAUGACGUAUACAACACAAUGCUGAAACGCUUCCGUCAAGAAAGAUCUGUUUGGGUAAAGUAUACCACUUUUCUUCUGAAGCGUGGUUUGGUGGAGGCAGCUCACAGACUUAUGCCACGGGCACUGAAAUGCUUGCCAGACAAAGAGCAUGUGGAUGUGAUUUCAAAGUUGGCACAGUUAGAGUUUCAGUUUGGUGAUGCAGAACAUGGCAAGGCCCUGUUUGAAAACAUCCUGAGCACAUACCACAAACGUACAGACAUCUGGUCAGUGUACAUAGAUGUAAUGAUAAAACAUGGCAGCCAAAAAGAAGUCCGGGAUAUUUUUGAAAGAGUGAUUCACCUAAACUUAACAGCAAAGAAGAUGAAGUUUUUCUUUAAACGCUAUCUGGAGUAUGAGAAGAAGUAUGGCACUGUGGAAACAAUCCAGGCUGUGAAGGCAGCAGCAUUGGAGUAUGUGCAAUCCAAGAACAAUCUUGCUGAGAGCUAACCUUUGUGGUAGACAGACUUUGGGGUCUUGCUUUCAAACCCAGUAUGAUGAGAAGGGAAGCGGAUAUAACUCAUCUGUAGUAAGAAAAGCCAUCCUGCUUUUUUGCAUUUCCCAAUGAGCUCAAUAACAGAUUGGGCUAGCCAGGACCAGAGAUUAACAGUGUAAGUGAUGUAAAUGUUUUACAUCUUUUAUAUCGUCCCAAAUUUAAAUAAAAUAAUUAUACUUGUA